AUGCCAGCUCAACCGCUUAUUUUGUCGUCGAGACGAACGAUUUUGAUUGCCAUUUUGGCCCGUUACGAAGAGUUUCUUCAAAACUACCAGCCCGACAGGGAUUCUAUCGAGGUGGAAACUCGUAUGGCCAAAUUUGACCAAAUAUGCAAGGAUUUGGAGAACCUUCAACAGCAGCUGGAGGACAGUGCAACCACUGCUGAAGAGAUGACACACAAUGCCGCCCUUAGGGAGGAUUUUGAACGGCGCUUGAUUCGCGUUCAAUCGGCAUUGAAAGCGAAAUAUAGAGAAAUUCCGCGCAGCGAAGUGUCGCAGCAAGGAGCCGUAGACAGAGUGAUCGCUGAUCUGCCGACGCAUGAUGUUUCCACUCGCGGCUGGAACCUUCCUUCGGAAUUUGUUUUGGCUGACCCGCAGUUCGAUAAAUCAGCCCCGAUUGAUCUCAUCCUUGGUGCCCGUCAUUACGCUUCCUUCUUUACGAGCGUAAAAUCGCACGAGCUUGCUCCGAACCUUCCAACUAUGCUGAACAGCGUGUUUGGGUGGGUCAUGAUUGGUCCCACCUCUCCUCAGAAUCCUGCAUCUCCGACCGAUUGCACCGCCGCGUCCACAAUCGUCUGCAUGGCAUCCCUGGAGGAGUCUCUCGAACGCUUUUGGAAGCUGGAAGAGUUAAGCGUCAAUGAUUCGUACUCACCUGAUGAGCGGCGAUGCGAAACAUUGUAUAAAGAAACCACUCAGCGCGACGAGUCGGGUCGCUAUAUUGUACGAUUGCCCAAACAGACCGACUUCACGGAAAAGCUUGGCCUAUCUAAAACUACCGCUUUGAGACGCUUCGAGCUGCUGGAGAGGAGGCUAGAACGCAACCCACAGCUCAAGGAAGACUAUCAUGCCUUCAUGAAGGAGUAUUUGGAGCUGGGGCACAUGUCGCUCAUGAACAAUGAUAGUGGGGAUGAACGGGCGUACUACCUACCGCACCAUCCCGUAUUUAAAGCCUCCAGUACCACCACGAAAGACGAGCUGCUUGAUAUUGUGUUGCGAUUCCCUCCGAUCCAAGUAUAUGAGCUCAACACCGUUACAUACGGACUAGCACCUUCCUCGUUUCUGGCUACACGCACACUUAUACAACUAGCAGAUGAUGAAGGGACUGAGUAUGCGCUUGCACCUACAGCCCUGAAACGAAACUUUUACGUGGACGACUUCAUUGGUGGUGCCAAUAACGUUCGCGAAGCUGUUCAGCUGCGUAAGGAGUUAUCAGCGCUACUUGCCAAAGGUGGGUUUGAGUUGCGCAAGUGGACCUCAAACAAUCUGAGCGUGCUCUCCGGCUUAAGCACCGAGUAUAUCGGCACACACUCAUCGCUGCAUUUUAUACCCAACGAGACGGUCAAAGCACUCGGCAUCUCGUGGAAGCCUGAAUCGGAUGAGCUGUGUUUUGAAUCCAACACUGAGGCUGAUGAAGCCACGUCGACCAAGCGAUCUAUUUUGUCGAGCAUUGCCAAAAUGUACGAUCCGCUCGGAUUGAUAGCACCGGUGAUCGUGCGUGCUAAGAUGCUGAUGCAGGAGCUAUGGCUGCUCAAAUCCGGCUGGGAUGAACCUGUUCCUAAUCACAUCUGUAAAAAAUGGAAGGCGAUUCAGAGCGACUGGAAAAUGUUAUCCGAGUACAGGACUAACCGUUACGCUCUCUUACCAGAUGCAACAGUAGAAUUCCACACAUUUACCGAUGCUUCGGAGGCCGCCUACGGAGCAUGUGUCUACGCUCGUUGUGAAAACGCGGCGGGAGAAGUCCGCAUCCGCCUAUUAGCUUCGAAAUCUCGAGUGGCACCACUGAAGCGCGUCACGUUGCCGAGGCUUGAACUAAGCGCAGCUGUCCUGGGCGCCCAUCUGCAUCAUCGCGUCAAGGAGGCAAUGCAGAUCGUGUGCGCCGAAUCGUUUUUCUGGUCCGACUCAACAGUGACGCUAAAAUGGAUUGCGUCACCUCCCAACUCCUGGAAGACGUUCGUGGCAAAUCGAGUAGCUGAGGUGCAACACUACUCUCAUCCAAGGCAAUGGAGGCACGUUCCUGGCACAUCCAAUCCUGCUGACUUGGUUUCCCGAGGCAUGUCGGCAGCACACUUCACGCAGAAUCAGCUUUGGAAUAAUGGUCCAGAUUGGCUUGUGCAACCUUCGUCCCAUUGGCCCAGCUCAGAUCCAGAACCAAGCGAUGAGGCGGACCUAGAAACACGCCAGGUGAGUGCCGCUUUAGUUUGUACACCAACUCAUCCAUGGUUUGGCAUUUCUUCAUCCUUCACCAGAAUGGUACGCAUCAUUGCAUACUGCAUACGGUUUGUGCGCAACACCAAGCAGAAGGCGCGAUCCCAGCGACCGAUACCGCACACCAACGCAUCCAAGACGAUCACGCCCAAGUACGUGGAUGCUGCAAAAACUGUGCUUUGCAGACUAGCCCAGCAAGAUGCAUUUUCCGCGGAAAUCAAGCAGCUAAAAAAGGGAGAAACAUUGAUGAAACAAUCACCUUUACGAAAACUUACCCCAUUCCUGGAUACAGAAGAAGUAAUACGGGUGGGAGGACGAUUGAACUUGUCGCAACUACCGUAUCAGUCCAAGCAUCCAGCUGUUCUACCGAAGAACCACAAAUUCACUCGUCUACUUGCGGAAGAUUAUCAUGAAGAGAUGAAACAUGCUAGUGGAAGGCUAUUGCUAUCCCGCAUUAGAGAGCUGUAUUGGCCACUGGAUGGACGUCGCUUGGUAAAAAGCAUUGCAAGGAACUGCUUCCGCUGUGUUCGGCAAGAUCCCGCACUCGCACGGCAGCCGGUUGGCCAGCUUCCACCAUCCCGCAUCACACCGAGCCGACCGUUUUCUGUAACCGGAGUGGACUACGCCGGUCCAUUCUAUUUGAAGCCAGCGCACCGGAAGGCAGCAGCUACUAAGAGCUAUCUGUGCGUUUUCGUGUGUUUCGCUACGAAAGCUGUGCAUUUGGAACUCGUAGGAGACCUCACAACGGCGGGAUUCUUAGCAGCGCUACGCCGAUUCACAUCACGACGCGGAUUGCCAGCCCACAUCCAUUCUGAUAAUGGGAAAAACUUCGAAGGCGCAGAACGUGAACUGAAGGAGCUUUUUGAGCUGUUCAACGACGAACAACACCGCAACACCGUGGCUACCAGAUGCGCUGACCGGGGAAUCACUUGGCAUUUCAACCCACCAAAAGCUCCACACUUCGGCGGAUUAUGGGAAGCAGCAGUAAAGACGGCGAAGCGACACCUCUAUCGUCACCUGGGCAAUACGCGGCUGUCGUACGAAGGCUACUGCACUGUGCUCCACCAAAUCGAGGCAGCGAUGAAUUCCCGUCCGCUGUUGCCUUUGUCCGACGAUCCCAACGAGCUAGCUGCACUCACACCGGCACACUUCCUUAUUGGCACAUCGAUGUUCGCCGUGCCUGAACCGGACUACACCCAGCUGAAAUCCUGCACGCUAGAUGAUCUUCAGAAGUGGCAGCUUUUAGUUCAGCUGAUACUGCAACUGAUCGGCAUAAUCGUGGAUCCACUACAAAUAUUCUGGGUACUGACGAACAGUACUUAUUUAGUUACUAAAUUCAUCAAAACAGGGGUUGCCGACAAGAACGACUACCCACUCUUUUUCGAGAAGGUCAUCUAUGAGGUGGACAUCGACGAAAAUGUGGAAAUCAAUCACAACUUUCUCAACGUCAGCACAAAAACGCACGGUGAAGUGUCGGGUGUACGAUACAAGAUCUCGAGCGGUAACAUAGGCAAUGUGUUUGCCAUACACAACACAACCGGUGCCCUGUACGUAGCCAAGGCGUUGGAUUAUGAGAAGAUAAAAAAGUAUGAGCUACGGUUGACGGCAUUGGAUAAUUUUAAGGAGAACUACACCACCGUUCUGAUCAACGUACGCGAUGUAAAUGACAAUCCACCGGUGUUUGAGAAAUCGUCAUAUCGCACACAAAUCACCGAGGAGGACGAUCGAGGACUGCCGAAGCGUGUGCUGCGGGUUACCGCCUCGGAUGCUGAUGUGGAGCGGCCGAACAACAUCAUCUACUUCCUGACCGGACCCGGUAUUGACAUCGAAAAUCCCUCCAAUAGCAACUUUGACAUCAACAAGGCCACGGGGGAAAUAUUUGUACUUAAGCCCCUUAACCGAGAUCCACCACACGGACGAGCAUCUUGGAAGUUUACCGUCUUUGCGCAGGACGAAGGAGGCGAGGGUUUGGUGGGCUUUACGGAGGUGCAGAUCAACCUGAAAGACGUCAACGACAAUGCGCCCCAGUUCACGAACGGCAUUGCGUAUGGAAACGUGACCGAAAAUGGCACCAUCGGCAUGCACGUGAUGACAAUUAAGGCCGAAGACUAUGACGAUAUCAACGAAGGCACUAACGCAAAGAUCAUUUACUCGAUCGAAAAGAACGUGAUCCAAGAGGAUACUGGUUUGCCGAUCUUCGACAUCAAUCCGGCUACGGGACUCAUCACGACGGUGGUAUGCUGUCUCGAUCGGGAGAAGACACCCGACUACUCGCUGCAGAUAGUGGCCACCGAUGGCGGAGGUUUGAAGGGUACGGGGACAGCUUCCAUCAAGGUGAAGGAUCUGAAUGAUAUGCCGCCUCGGUUCACCAAGGACGAGUGGCUUGUUGAAGUGGAGGAAACCGACGGUAGUGUGCUGCCCGAGGCACCGAUACUGACCGUGACGGUGAAUGACGAUGAUGAGAUAAACAAUUUCCAGUAUAAAAUCAUUGAAAGCAGCGGUUACGGGGCGGAUAAGUUUGCGAUGGUAAAGAACGCGGACGGUACGGGAAGCUUGAAGGUGGUCCAGCCGCUAGACUACGAGGAUCCGAUGCAGAUAAAUGGCUUUCGCUUUCGGAUACAGGUGAUCGAUAACGAUGAUAUUGACGAGAGCGACAAAUACCACGUUGACCAUUCGUGGGUGAUUGUGAAGCUGAAGGAUAUUAACGAUAAUACGCCUCGCUUCAAGAAGCCGCACAUCGAGGCGGCUGUGUAUGAGAACGCGGACGUGGGGAAAAACUUGGGCACCUUCAAGGCGGUCGACAUCGACAAGGGCGGUAAGAGCAAAAUUACCUACAGCAUUAACCGUGCUACAGACCGGAAGCGCCAGUUUGCCAUCGACCAGGAAGGUAUGGUGACGAUUCAACGUGAACUGGAUCGUGAAGCGAUGGCGAAACACUCACUUGAAAUUCUGGCCACCGAUGACGGUGUUCCACCGCGUACGGCCUUCGCCAUCUUGACCGUGUUGGUGAAGGAUAUCAACGAUAAUGCGCCGGUAUUCGCGGAAGAUUAUCGGCCCAUUCUGCUCGAAAACUCACCGCCGUCGAAGACCAUCGAAAUCUCCGCUGUCGAUAAGGAUGACCGGCUGGAGGGCAACGGGGCACCAUUCCAGUUCCGCAUGGACCCGGACGCAGACGAUGUGAUUCGAACGUUCUUCAAGGUGGAGCAGAGUAACAAGGGUGACGGUAUGGCGAUCAUUUCAUCGCUCGGCUCGUUUGAUCGCGAGUACCGCAAGCAGUACACCAUUCCGAUCGUUAUCAAGGACUCGGGCACGCCACCGCAAACCGGCACCAGCACGCUGACGAUCACAAUCGGUGAUCUGAACGAUAACAUCAUGCAGCCCGGCUCCAAGGAGGUGAUCGUGUACAACUAUCAAGGCCAGGCGCCGGACACACCGAUCGGGCGUGUGUUCGUAAACGAUCUCGACGAUUGGGACACCUCGGACAAGCUGUUCUACUGGGAUGAGACCGAGAAUCCACGCUUCAAGCUAGACGACAAAUCCGGCAUGGUGUCGAUGCGGCGCGGUGCUCGCGAGGGACGCUACAAGCUGCGCUUCAAGAUCUACGACCGCAAGCACGCACAGGAAUCGUACGCAAACAUGUCGAUAGUGGUGAAGCACAUCUCGUACGAGGCGAUCGUCAACUCCGGCUCAAUCCGGCUGAUCGGCGUUACGGAUGAGGACUUUAUACGCAUCUGGAACUAUCGCACCCAGAACAUCUUCCGCAGCAAGUUGGAGCGGUUCCGGGACAAGUUGGCAGAGCUGCUGAACGUGGAUGUGAAGAAUGUGGACGUUUUCAGUGUGCAGAUGAAAGAUCGGUCGGUGCCGCUGACCGAUGUGCGGUUCGCCGUGCAUGGCGCGUACUUCUACAAGGCGGUGCAGCUGAACGGCGUGAUACUUCUGCACAAGGAGGAAAUCGAGCAGGAGGUUGGCAUCAACAUCACGAUGGUAAACGUGGAUGAGUGUCUGCUGGAGAAUGCGGACUGUGCCGGGUCGUGCACCAGCAUCAUCGAGGUCCAAUCGAACCCCUGCCUAGUGAAUGCAAACAAAACCGCCAUGGUUGGGGUGCAGAUCAACUCCACGGCGGAGUGUGUAUGCAGCUCGCGAGAGUACAAGCAGCAACAGACCUGCAAAUCCCAUCCCUGUCUGAACGGUGGUCGCUGCACCGAUUCCAAGUCGGGUAUCAAGUGCUCGUGUCCACCAGGUUACACGGGACCCCGCUGUCAGCAGGUCGUACGUAGCUUCCGCGGCAGUGGCUGGGCCUGGUACCCACCGCUCGACAUGUGCGACAAGUCGCAUAUUAGCGUCGAGAUCAUCACAACGAAGCCGGAUGGUUUAAUUUUCUACAACGGACCUAUCACACCACCGAAGGAGGACGACACGUCCAAGCAGCUGUCCGACUUUAUUGCACUCGAGCUGGAGCAGGGCUAUCCUCGGUUUCUCAUUGAUUACGGCUCGGGUACGCUAGAGUUACGCAUCGCGACCAAACUUCCACUCAAUGAUGGCGAAUGGCACCGGAUCGAUCUGUUCUGGGACACUGAGCAGGUGAAGAUGGUGGUCGAUUUCUGCAAGACGGCCGAAAUCACCGAAACCGAUGACGGCAACCUGGUCGAGUUUAUCGACCACACCUGCCAAGCGCUGGGCAAGGUGCCGCAGUUCAACGAAUAUCUGAAUCUCAACACGCCGCUCCAGAUUGGCGGAGUGUUUAGGGACAAGUUUGACUACACUUACAGCCGCUGGCAGUACAUGCCAGUUGGGGUCGAUUUCGAAGGGUGCAUACGCAAUUUUAAGCACAACGGAAUUCUGAACGACCUGUCCCACCCGGGACUGUCUAAGGGUAGUGCGCCCGGUUGUUUGUACACGCAGGAGGUGUGUGAUCUGAAUCCACAGGUCGCCCGGUGUCUCGAGCACGGCAAGUGUGUCGGUAGCUAUGUCGAGGCCAAGUGUGAAUGCAAUCCCGGUUGGACGGGCACGUACUGCAGCUUGCCCACCACUCCAACCACGUUCAAGACGCACAGUUACGUGAAGUACGCGCUCAGCUUCGAGCCGGACAAGUUCACGACGCAGAUUCAGCUGCGGUUCCGCACGCGCGAAACGUACGGCGUGCUGUUCCGCAUCAGCGAUCAGCAUAUGCGCGAGUACGGCAUCAUUGAGCUGAAGGACGCCAAGGUGUACUUCCGGUACAGCUUAAACACGGGCCAGGCGGAGGAGCAGGAGGUAGCGUUGACGGCGGUCGAGGUGGACGACGGACAGUGGCACGUGGUGAAGGUGCAAAGGUACGGCUCAGCGGCCAUCCUGGAACUGGACGGGGGUGAGGGUGCCAACUUCAACCAGAGCUUCUCGUUCGACGAACAUCAGUGGCUGUCAGUGGACAAGCAGGAGGGUGUGUAUGCGGGUGGCAAGCCAGAGUUCACUGGCGUGAAGACGUACGAUGUCAAAUCGGACUAUCAGAAGAGUUGCAUCGACGAUAUAAGAUUGGACGGUAAAAGCUUGCCACUUCCGCCAGCCACCAACGGUACGCAGUGGGGUCAGGCUACGAUGGCCAAGGACAUCGACCGCUACUGUUCGUCCAACAAUCCUUGCCAGAACGCGUACUGUCCAGAUCCGUUCGAGUGUGUCGACCUAUGGAACAAGUACGAGUGCGCCUGUGGCGAUGGUAUGAUUAUCUCACCGGAAGGCAAGACUUGUAUCGACCGGAACGAGUGCCUGGACUAUCCGUGUCUUAAUGGGGGCACUUGCAUCAACCAGGAGCCGCGCCUAAAGUACAAGUGCAUCUGUCCGGACUCGUACUGGGGCGAGAGUUGUGAGUUUCUGAAAGAACGACAAGCGCUUAAAUUCAGCACUAGUGCCUUGGCCGCCGUUAUAGCCUGCCUAUUACUGAUCAUUAUUUUCCUGUUUGUUUAUUUUUACUGCUCCCGGCGUCGUUCAGCUAACUUCAAAAAGAAGCCAGUCACCAAGGACGACAUCCGCGAGAACAUCAUCAACUACUGCGACGAAGGUGGUGGCGAGAACGACAUGACCGCGUUUGACAUGAAGACACUCAAGAUCCCGAUUGGUCCGCUGCCAGAGCUCGUUCAACAUAAGGCACCGCCAGUACGUCCAGAUAUUGCCGUCGUGUCCGACCAGGUCGUCGGCAAGGUGGACGUGUUCCUGGACGACCGGAAGCGACGCGUCGACAUCGACUCAGCCUCCGGGCCAUUCGACGAUCUGCGUAACUACGCCUACGAAGGUUGUGGGAGUACCUCGGGUUCGCUAAGUUCCUUACAGUCAGGUAAAUCAAAAAACUUGCCCAAACCCGUUAUAAUCUUCCAAACCUGCCCCAAACAGCACACGACGAUAAACACCUAAACUGUCCUCCCUGUUUUUACUGUUCCACCGCAGGUACGGACGAUAAACCCCAUGAGUUUAAAUUUUUAACCACAUGGGGUCCCCGUUUCGAUAAGUUAGUCAAUAUUUACGGACCAAGUAAAGCGCAGAUCGAAGAUGACGAUGUUAGUUAAAGGUAGCUGUAUCUGUCGCAGGGGCUGUAGGUAUUUUGUUCCUGAGAUCAACGUUUGUGCGCGCUCGUUUAGUUUAUCAUGAUAUACCGUCAGACGAAGCUGAAUGAUGCGCACGGACUUGUAGAUAAAUAAUUGCGUUCAAAACCUUCAACCCCCCAAGGAGAUAAAAGAAAAAAUUCGUCGUAUAAGACAUACGAUUUAGGGGUUUUCUCGCCGGUGUAUGAGCUAACCGGAAGAUAUUCUUUGUAAAAUAGUCACUAAAAUCCAUAAACUCAUAUAAAUCCCCGUUUACGAUGUGGACACAGUCGUUCGAGCCGAAGCGGGACUUUAACACUGUUUUUCAGCAGUGCAUCAGUUUGCAAGAAGUGAAGAAGUUGCAAAAAUUUAAGUAUAUUGGAGCAGAUGCAGUUUAAAUCGAUUCUAUCAACUUCCAAUAGAUGGUACCGUGAAGCUACAAACAGCCAAACGGUGCAACACGCAGAGUUGCAUUGCUCAGAAAACGAGAGCAUCAUAUGCUCGCUUUGAUUGCGCAAGGAAAAGCGCAUCACUGUAAAUAUUUCGGUUAUGAUAGGUCGGUAUACUAUAAAUAAUGAAUAUAAAAACAAAUCUACAACCUACACGUUGCGUACAGACACGUAAUAGUUUAGUGCGAAGGAAGACACUGUAAAAACAUUGGACAGUUCUUUAAGAAAGGAAAAAAGAGCAAAAAAACCGAUGUCCCAGGGCAGAAAAUGACACAACAACGGGGUUAUUAGCUAAUGUGGUCAAACUAUUCAACGAAUUUUCAUUUUUAUGAAAAUAACUUAUGUACACGAGUACACUAAUAAUGUACACGUCCUCCUUCGAAAGCCUCACGGAGCGAGUGAAACGACAUUGCCAUGUUGGUAAAAGCAUCGCCAACGUUAUAGAUGGACGAUGAUCCUGUGAAAGGAAACCCAUGCAGUAACUGGUAGAAGUAGCCCAUCCUUAAAAUCGUUAACGUUGUUUUCGGUGAGAUAGUGAGAGACAAAAACUCUGCUGAAUAGAAUUCUCUAUUGGUCUCAAGAAACCUUGACAAGGUAAAAUUCCGUACUCCAGGAAAUUGGAAAACUCCAAAUAUUUCUAAAUCACAAAACAAAAUCCCAAGAAAAUCAAAGUAGAAACAUAUAAUCAAACGAACCAAUAAGCGCACAACAACCUCACCUGCAAAUGGACUGCAAGUGAACAAAAUUUACGAACAAAACUCUAAAUCAAUCAAAAAUUCUGACAAAAGAAACAAAAGCCGGGGACCGGUACAGAUUACAAAGCAAACACGUGCUCACCAGCCUCUCAAACUACCAGACAACCUACUUGUUUGACCCGAAUAAAAACUUUUAUGCACGAAUGAAAGCAGAGACAUCUACAAAUCCACCCACACAACCUUAUAAGAAGAAAGCGUAGCUCGUUAAAACUUCGAUAGGAGACGGGUCGAAUUUGGUUCUUUAUAUUUUUAGACCUUGUUUUAAGAAUGAAAAAAGCCACAUAAUGCUUAAUUCUAAAAUGCCACAUAUUGGUCGAUUUUAGGUCGAUGGUUUGGUUUUCGAAUGAAACGUCUCCUAAAAUAUUCUCCUCUCCUUUAGUGAGAAACCUUACAACUAGGAAAUCCAUUGUGUUUUGCACAACAGCUUAAUUACACCCAUCUUUUCUCGGAAGGAUCAAUGGAAAUAGCUCCAUUUUACUGUAAGAUAAAUGAAGCCACUCACUUGUGCAGAGUUAUGAGUAAUUUGUGUUUUCAAUCAAUGACGAUGAGUAUUUCUAUCACUUUAAACGAUGAUCCGGUAAAUCAACUGCAGGAUAAGGAUGAUACUGAUGAACAAGGGGCGAGAGGAGAGCAGGGUAUUUUAAAAGUAGAACAAAAGACCAAAUUUGAGAAUUGUUCGAACGUGCUGCACGACACAACUUCAAUCGCUGCAAUGAAUGAACGUUAGUGAAGUGCAAUUUGUAGCAUUUUCCUUUCACUCAGCAACCCUAAGAGUCUCCAAGGCGACAAUGUAUCCAGACUUUGCAGUGAAGUUUCGUUGAACAAAUAGCACACUGAAAAGAUGGUUGAUAAUGUUUGGUACGCCAAUAAAAGGACUUUCGAUAUCGAUUUCUUUCAUCUAUGUUCUGUUUGAGCAUGCAUUUACAUAUUUUAUAAGAUUAUUGGACACACAAGUUACCGCCGCAGUACGCUUCAAGGAUCAGUCGUGUUUACUUUAUUGAUUUACAAUACAUUUGAGGUGGUAUGUUGGUUAGAACGAGUAGUAGAUUUAUAUAGCUUCUUGCAUAGUGUUUUUUAGGGGUGUGGCAACUUUGACUAUCGAAAGAUGAACGAAUUAUUGAUUUUCAAGUUGUUAUGCAUCAUUCAUCUAGCAAUAGUUUCAAUUUUUUUGAACGGCGAACGAAGAGGAAUAAUGAAACGUGAACGACUCAUAGCGUUGAUAAAAAAGGGAAACCAGCUCAAACAAUUUGUACGAUGCUUGAUCGAAGCGCAAAAACAGUUAAUUCGUCUAAUUGUGUAUGUGUGUGUAUGUAUGUAAACGAGAUGAAGGGAGUUCUAACAUAACAUACCAAAAAUAAACAGUAAAUUUAUUUCCCCCCCUCCCACCAAAAACGAACACAAAAAUAAAUCAAAAAGGCAACUACAUACACAUACAUACUCAUACAUACAUACUCCAAUGGUAAUUGACAAACGAUAAGAGGUGCAUUUUCAAUCGAUCAUUUUUGCGCUUGAAUGAUGGAUAAACAAAUGAACAAACGAGUAAAUUCUAAAGCACGGUAGUACAUACGAACAAUUUGGUGGCGUGUGGAUAAAACAGAGUCCAAAAGAAAGCAAAUAUUACAACAGACCAUACACGAACUAUAGAAGAAUCAUAAAAUGAUACACAGAGAAAAUAAAAGUUACAGAAGACAACCAAAACUUACCAACUGAACAAGUCAUUUAAAACAUUGCGUGAUUUUUUAUUGGAAGGAAAAAGACGCACUCUCAACUAAGAAUUGGUUUGUGAGCCAUGUUUUGAUUAUAGGUUUUUUAUAUAUUGUGGUACAAGUGGUACAGGGACAGACAAAAAGAACAAAAAAACAAAAAAUCACAAAGACAAAACAACAAAAACAUGGGAGAAGAUCGA